CUGCGUUCAAAAUGAGCUCCAAAUCCUUUUUUGUUGAGGACGAUGCUGAACAGUCCAACAAACUAGCCAGGAAGGCCAAGGAAUCGCCGUUUAUGCUAGUCGGCAUUGCUGGAUUCGUGGCGGCAGGACUGAUUGGUGCCUACAAGUACAAGCACCGUGGGACUAUGAGCACCAGCGUGUUCCUGAUGCAGCUCCGUGUGGCGGCCCAGGGUACCGUCGUGGGCUGUCUAACAGCGGGACUGGCAUACACAAUGGCCAAGGAGUACCUGUUCGAUAAGGAGCCCAAGGAAAAUUCCAAGCCACUGACUAACUAAAGCUCAUUUCUGAUUGUGCGGCCACUUAAAACACAUAAAAACCAAGAAAACCCCCUUCGAACAACUUUGGGAAACUCGUUGGCCAACACCUUAUCCUACACCUAAGCGAACUGUAACUACAUAUAUUUAUUGCAUCAUCAUAAGACCUACACCGAUUGACGAUGACGCUCUCCAUCGGGAGACGGGUGCUCGCACUAGCCAGUACUCUCCAGUCUCUGCUAGUGCACGUUGCCCCGAUAAAUUUAAACUAGCUAAAUGUCUUGUAUACCUGCGUAAGAUUGUGAUAAUGUUUGUUUAAUUGUACAACAGUCGAACAGUCUCCUCAGACGGCAGACAAAAGAAAAUUAUGAUUACCUCUCGCAUGAUAUAAUAUGAUUAAAUAAACAAAACAAACUAGAA